AUGCGCCCUGAUGAUGGCUUGUUGCCACCGUUUCUGGGGGCUCUCAAGGCUUGUGUCUCGGUAAUAUUAACCAUGUGCUAUGGAGUUGCUGCACGACGCCUAAGACUGAUCCACGAUGCCACCAUCAAUGAUAUGUCUGCAUUGGGUAUUAAGCUCUUUUUGCCGGCACUCAUUGUGGUGAAUCUCGGUAGAGAGCUUCAUAUAGGUACAGCGAUGAACUAUCUUCCAGUCCUGGCUUGGUCAUUCGUCUACACAUUCGCAUCCAUCGGUUUAUCACAUGUGUUAGCACGACUAUUUCGAUUACCCCACUGGGUUGCACCAGCAACCACGUUCAAUAAUACCUCCUCCCUCCCUCUACUACUCCUCCAAUCCCUCGACAGCGUAGGCUCUCUACGGCUCAUCCUCCGCGGCGACGAAAGCACAGCCGACGGAAUCGAGCGAGCACAAAGCUAUUUCCUCGUCUGCGCAGUCGUCAGCAAAACCAUCGCCUACGUGGUCGGUCCGCGGAUGCUUCACGACGGCGAAAACGCUGAAACUCGUCCGAGCAGUAUCGAAGAUCAGCAUGUAUCUGAAUGCGAGGAUGAACCUCUGACCGAAACUACUUCCCUUCUACCGGAGCGCGCACAAACUGCCCAACAUGCAGUUGGAAUGCGCAUUCACUCCUGGACCACCUGGCUUGUCUCGUUCUUCCCGUAUCGGGUCCGAGAAGAGCUCAUGGCGCCCUUUGGAGAUCCCUUCGCCGGGGUAGCGAUAUGCUGUACUCUCGUCGGCGCGUUGCUAGGCCUAGUUCCUGCCCUGCACCGGGCAUUUUUCUUCCGCGAGGAAGAUGGCGGUUAUCUCCAGGGUUGGCUAACGGCUAGCGUGCGCAAUAUCGGACGGCUCUUCACAACACUACAGAUCUUCCUGGUUGGGUGUAAACUUGCGGUCGCCUUUGAGCGGAUGGUGGCACAGGGCGAGGCGGACGAAUCGAGUCGCAUUCCUAUCCGGGCCAUGACGAUAAUCUUUUUAGUACGGCUGGUGGCCUGGCCGGCUGUGAGCAUUUCGUUGAUAUACGGCCUGGCAAAGCAUACAAAGCUUCUGGGGGAUGAUCCUAUUCUUUGGUUCAGUAUGAUGCUGAUGCCGGCCGGGCCGCCGGCGUUGGUCAUUUCGGGGUUGGCGGAGGUAGCGCAGGCUUCGGAGACGGAGAAGAUGGCUAUUGCGAAGACAUUAACGGUAAUGUAUGCGCUGUCGCCGUUUAUAUGUUUUACUAUUACGGGCGCGCUCAAGGCUUCUGAGGCGGUGCUUAAAGAGAGAUCUUGA